CUGAAAUACUGUUUUACUAAACCAGAAAGUACCCAAACAAGCGGCAACAGCAGUUGCAGUAUACGAACAGAAAGGUAACUGAAGUACUUGAAUGUUUAUGUCAAUCCGAGAAUCACCUGAAGGUUGCCCCCCUCCAUGACUAUAUAUUAGCUCACUAACGGAAUGAGCAAGAUCGAAUUAUAUUUCUGACAACAAAAAUACUGGAUCGACUUGCAAGGAGGGCCAUUUCAAUGGCGUGGUACUGCUCUGGCUCAUCCAACAAAGAGCUGGUUGAGAACCUGUUUAGCGCAGGCCUCGUGAAGAGUGAACGAGUAAAGGCUGCUAUGCUAGGCGUCGACCGGGGACACUACGCUCCCUUACAGCCCUAUUCAGACUCACCCCAACCUAUUGGACAUGGAGCGACCAUCUCAGCACCACACAUGCAUGUUCAUGCGUGUGAAUAUCUUAUCAACUACCUGAGACCGGGCUCACGGGUCCUGGAUAUCGGAUCUGGAUCUGGCUACCUAACCCACGUUUUCGCUAACCUCGUGGCGAAGGACUCAUCUACUGACAGCACUGAUGGACAGGUGAUUGGAAUCGACCAUAUCCCAGAGUUAAUUGACCUGGCCCGCAGAAAUAUGGGCCGGUCUGAGGAUGGUAGGAGACUGCUUGAAACCGGAGCUGUCAAAUUUAUAACAGCCGAUGGUCGCCUGGGUUGGAAGGAAGAAGCGCCGUACGACGCCAUUCAUGUUGGAGCGGCGGCUGAGAGCCUUCAUGCUGUCUUGAUCGAGCAACUCCGGGCUCCAGGUCGGCUUUUCAUCCCCGUGGAGUCUGAACAUCGACAUGGUGCCAUCGGAAGCCUUGGAUUGGGCAGUGAAGGGCAGUAUAUCUGGGUCGUUGACAAAAAACAAGACGGUUCAAUCCACAAGGAGAAAGUUUUUCAAGUCAGUUAUGUGCCUCUGACCGGUCCCCCGGAAAAGUAA